CAGGCUGAGGGCUUCAGACAGGAGGCUGGUGUGCAGCUGGCAGGAGUGUCCACACUCAGCGCUCAGCAAUGGCCUGGGGGCGGGGCACGGCUUGUCCCGGUUCUCAGACGUAGCAGGGAUACUCACCCGGGAGGUGUGAGCCCAGCCCAGCCUCCCUAGAGACAGCACCCGGAGCCUCUUCUCUCUUCACCCUGCUCGGACCCUGCCACAGCCAGCUGGGAAGGUUUGGGGGAAGCUGAGGAAUUGAUGACACUGAAUGCCUGGAUGGCUGAGAAGUUAGUUACUGGGAUCAUUUGAGCUUUGGGGGACCCUGGACCAGGCCCUGGUCCAGUAGGAUGCCCCCGUGUCCUCCCCAGCAGAGCAGAAACAGGGUGACACAGCUGCCCACUCUGGAGCUGGGUGAGAUGGAACUGACUUGGCAAGAGAUCAUGUCCAUCACAGAGCUGCAGGGCCUAAAUGCUCCAAGUGAACCAUCAUUCGAGCCCCCAGCCCCAGCCCCAUACCCUGGGCCCCUGCCGCCCCCAACUUACUGCCCUUGCUCAAUCCACCCAGAUGCUGGCUUCCCCCUUCCUCCACCAACUUAUGAGCUCCCGGCACCCGCUUCUCAUGUCCCAGACACCCCAUACUCAUAUGGCAACAUCACCAUACCAGUCUCUAAGCCACUGACCCUCUCAGGUCUGCUCAGUGAGCCCCUCCCAGACCCCUUGGCCCUCCUGGACAUUGGGCUGCCUGCGGGGCCACCCAAGCCCCAAGAAGACCCAGAAUCAGACUCAGGGUUAUCCCUCAACUAUAGUGAUGCUGAAUCUCUUGAGCUUGAGGGGACAGAGGCUGGUCGGCGGCGUAGUGAAUACGUAGAGAUGUACCCAGUGGAAUACUCCUACUCACUUAUGCCCAACUCCUUAGCCCACCCCAACUAUGCCUUGCCGCCUGCCGAGACCCCCUUAGCCUUAGAAACUUCCUCAGGCCCUAUGCGGGCCAAGCCCAAUGCACGGGGGGAGGCAGGGAGUCGGGAUGAGCGGCGGGCCCUGGCCAUGAAGAUCCCCUUUCCUACGGACAAGAUUGUUAACUUGCCGGUAGAUGACUUUAAUGAGCUAUUGGCACGGUAUCCACUAACGGAGAGCCAGCUGGCACUAGUCCGGGACAUCAGACGGCGGGGCAAGAACAAGGUGGCAGCCCAGAACUGUCGCAAGAGAAAGUUGGAGACUAUCGUGCAGCUGGAGCAGGAACUGGAGCGGCUGGGCAGUGAACGGGAGCGGCUUCUCCGGGUCAGAGGGGAGGCUGACCGGACCCUGGAGGUCAUGCGCCAACAGCUAACAGAACUGUACCGUGACAUUUUCCAGCACCUGCGGGAUGAAGCAGGCAACAGCUACUCCCCUGAAGAGUACGCACUGCAGCAGGCUGCUGAUGGGGCCAUCUUCCUGGUGCCCCGGGGGACCAAGAUAGAGGCCACAGACUGAGCUGGCCCAGAGGGGCAGGAUUGGUGAUGGAGAUUUCCUUCAUUCCCUUCUGAUAAAAGUACUCCCCAAUCAUGAGGCCCAGGAGGAGCUGAGUUCUCCAGAUCAGGAGGGGACAAUGUUGGAAACCUGGUAUUUGGAAGGUUCAGGAUGUGUUCAGUGAGGAUUGCCUUGAAGCAAGCGUGUGAGGGGAGGGCUGGACUCUCUCUUCCAAGAUUCAGCUUCGCAGGUCUCCAACUUCCACCUCAUGUUUGAGCUUUGGUAUAUAAAGCACUCUACAGAAGCAACCUUCCACAGUGUCUUCCUUCUCAAGAGAGGGUGAUGAAGCUGAGUACUCAUCACAGCUUACUGCUUGUUGGUGGGGAGGGAAUCCUGCUGCACUCCUUUCCCCUAUAGCUCUGUAUGAGAGGUACACAUGAAGUUGAGGUUUGAGCAGCUGGAGAUUUACUUUCAUCCCUCUUUUCAGUGCCAAGGGCCAUACAUCAUGGCCCCCACGUGGAGCUGGGAUCAUUGUCAAAGCUAGCUACACCCUGCGAGAUCCCUGAGGUUUUUGUCUUUUUUAAUCCUUGGAGCACAGAAAAGCCUGGCAUGUCCACAGUCUUUUUUCUCCUGCCUACUCCUGUAGGAUUGCCUAGCUCAGGUCCUGACGUGCUGGGUCUCUCAGAGGACUAAGUAAGCUGCUCUGGAUUGGAAGAGAAUUUGAUUGGCUGUCAAAGCUUCAGAGGAUUUCAUAUCCAGGCCUGGGUAACACCUGUUCCGAGUGGUGUAUAACACACGUUGGUGAAAUUUUCUCCCUGGUUACAUUAGAUCCUGCCCUAUUCUUGUUUUGGGAGUCCUCUUUUCUAGAUCCUUAUAAAGAUGUAGGGCCUUUUGUUAGUCCCCACCGCACCAAACAAUUAAGCCUCAGAAUCCUUUAUGUCAAAGUCCAAUCAAAGCUUCCCAACACCCAUCUUCUCAAAGUUAAGUUGUUCUCAAUCUUCUCUGUCACUGAAUCACACAAAUAACCACUUUAGGGUGUUUUAACUUCUAUUCAAUUUUACUAGCUCCAUCCCAACGGGGAAACUUUACUUCCUAGUUGAUAUUACAAUUCUGAGACAUAAAAACAAGACAGGAAUGAUCAAAGAUGUAGAAUGGUCAUAUGUACAGAUUCUGGGAAAGGUCAUCUCUUGGCUAGAUUUAAGAAAAUUUAAAGCUUUAUUCUUAAUAGAUCUUUAGACAGUUCAGACUUGUCAAGUUUUUCCCAAAAAAUUGAAAAUAUAGGAUCAUAGGAUCAAGUUGUAGUUAUUCAGAAACUUGAUCACCUAAGGGAUAACAGAUUUUUUCACUUCUAACCAAGCUCUUAGCAAUGAUAACUCAGAAGCAAAAUUUAGAUUCAUCUACUCAACAGGUAUUUGCUGAGCACCUAAUAUGCUCUACACGAAACAAUGCUCUCUGGAUACACUGAGGAAGACCAUCCUACAGUUUAGUAUGUCUACCUAAAACAAAAGAUGGGACAUACUAUUUGAGUGACCUGGAUUAUGUGAUCCAGAAGUCCUAAGGACCUGAAUUGAGGUAAUUCAAUCUUUCAUCUGAAAAAAAGGAACUUACUAACAAUUUUAAAUGUCGACCAGGUAGGAAAAGAACACAGAAUGUGACUGCAGAAUAAACUUUUAUUGGAUAGGAAUGCUUUUAGCUAACUGGUAGCCUGAGCUGUCCUAUCCCUCCCUUCAAACCAUGAUUAGAUUAUGCAGAACAUCUGGUCAAUUUCAAGCAACAGAUUAAAUCAGUUGUAGAAGGACCUAUGGGUUCACACACCUUAUUCCCUACCUCUUGCUAGGAUGAAGAGAGGCUGGGAGACUUAAAAUGCUGUAGGGUAAAAAUAAGCAUCUGCUUGAGGGUUAUGUUGCUUCCUCAUCAACCUUUAGGUUACCUUAAGACUUUUCAUAUCAAGUACAUCUUUUCUCCCCUAGAUUGAAUUUAUUUAGCUAAUUAACACUGAACCUACCCAUCAGAGAUCCACUAAGCCCUUUCAGAACCUCGACAAGCGUUGCAAUUGUAAGACUCAGAGCUAAAUACAGCUGUUCGCUUUUAAUACAACUUAGCUUUCCUGCCACAGGAGCUAGUAAAGGGAAACGUUCAGGUACAGCACCAGUAACUUAUAACUGAGUGAAGAUUGACUCCUGCUGGGUCAUCUAUUUUCUCAUUUCACUAAAUGCUGCUGCUGUGAUAAACCUUCAUCUACACAGCCAUCAGAACCACUUCAAAUAGCCCAAUCCUUCCCAAUUUCAAACCUGUGGUUUUCUUUAAAGCAUUUACAUUCUACUUUUCCUUCAACUGCUGGAUUCAAGAUGCAGUGAUUACAUACUUACAGGAGGAUCCCCUUAGAUUAUAAGGACCCAAAGAAACACUGGUUAAGGAAGGGGACUGACUUUUGACUCUGCUAAAAAUGCUUCUGCUUUGAAGGACAAU